AUGGUGGAGGGUGGGGAGGGAAAACUUGAUGUCCCCCCUCCGAAGAAACCCUGCAAGGCCAAUAGGGGGGAAAUUGGCACAAAGCUGAAGCCCUUUGAGUCUCCCUGGCGCUGCUCCUCUCUGGUAGUGUUGGGAGCAGAUUGCGUUAUAACAGAAUCAGCUUCCGAAGACCUUCUCAAGGAGCACUACAUUGACCUGAAGGACCGUCCGUUCUUUGCUGGCCUGGUGAAGUACAUGCAGUCAGGGCCUGUGGUUGCCAUGGGCGGCCGGGGUCCUGUGCCCGCGCGGCCGCGGGGCCCUGAGCCGACCUGUCGCCCGCAGGCCAUGGCCCACCAGGAGCGCACGUUCAUCGCCAUCAAGCCGGACGGCGUGCAGCGCGGCCUGGUGGGCGAGAUCAUCAAGCGCUUCGAGCAGAAGGGGUUCCGCCUCGUGGCCAUGAAGUUCCUGCAGGCCUCCGAGGAGCUCCUGCAGCAGCACUACCUUGACCUGAAGGACCGUCCCUUCUUCCCGGGGCUGGUGAAGUAUAUGCACUCCGGGCCCGUUGUGGCCAUGGUCUGGGAGGGACUGAAUGUGGUGAAGACGGGGCGAACGAUGCUUGGGGAGACCAACCCCGCGGAUUCUAAGCCCGGCACCAUUCGUGGGGACUUCUGCAUUCAAGUUGGCAGGAACAUCAUUCAUGGCAGUGAUUCCGUAAAAAGUGCAGAGAAAGAAAUCAGCCUCUGGUUUAAGCCUGAAGAGUUGGUUAACUACAAGUCUUGUGCUUUUGACUGGAUCUAUGAAUAAAAGGUGGACAAAGCAUCAGUCCCCUUUGGCACCACUGUUGACGUGGCCCUGGACACACCUCUUCAUUCCAGUGACUUGGAAGUAAUGGCAUCAGUCUUUCUUUUCUAAAACGCACUUAGCAAUAAAGCCUUUGGAAACUGGU